AUGGUCUUCAGAAGCCGGUUUUCAUCCAUCGGAGUGGAGAAGAGAAAUAGAUGGUUGAGAGAUACCUCACUUUUGACAGAGAACCCUUUGUCUGAGCUUCAUAUAAAUGAGUGGGUGACGGUUAGACCGGUGGAGGUCGGAGUAGCAGAGGGGUCGUCGACAGCCAACUGUUGCCCGUCGAAUUGGAGAAGAGAAAUAGAUGGGUGUGAGAUUGUGGUUGUAAGAGACAAAGUAGGAAACUUCCAUCUUCACCUCUUCUCUCAAUGUGCACACCUUCCGCCUCCACCAUCUGCCCUCUGGUCCGGUCACCGCUGCCAACCCCCUUUGCCUCCAGCUUCGUCAAAACUCGGAGAUAAAAGAAAAAGAUUUCAUCCGACUGAUGAAGAAUUGGUUCUUUAUUACUUGAAGAGGAAGAUCUGUGGUCGAUCGCUCAAGCUAGACAUCAUCGGCGAAGUUGAUGUUUACAAGUGGGAUCCAGAAGAGUUACCUGCCUGCAAGGUGUGCGUUUUUCUAAUGAUCAAGACCACCAGAGAUAGUGUUUAG